UGCCUCUUCACGUAAACAAGCAUUUUCAGACCCAACGCCCAUUUACUAAAGUUUCUAGUUAACCAUGGUUAAUUUUAUUUUAAAAUUAUUUCCCUAAACCGACUUAAGCUAGAGAGGAGACAAUUUGCUCUUACUAAAUUUUUUUUUCUGCACUUUGGUAACCCUCCUUUUAAACCCUGCCCAAGGCAUUUCCAGAAUAAAAUUAUUUUACCGAGAAGGGAGGGUCCGGAGGCAGGAAAGGGGAGAGCUCGAGAGUUGAAGAAGGGGUUAAGGUAAUUAAGGCCUAACCUUCAAUACUUAUAUUUUGAUUUUCUAAAUCAUCCUCUUUGAUAUUAGUUGCUGAAUUUGGGAAUUCUUGGGAGUUUGGAAUAUUUGAAUUUGGUUACAAGUGAAGUGAUUUGGGUAUCUACAGUUGGGGUCGGUUCCGGGCUAGAUGACUAGCUCGCCUUUUGUUAAUUUUGUUAUUCCAAUUGGUAAUUUAUCUGAUUGAUCCAAGUUUCGUCAUCUCCUAAUGAUUUUAGUGAAAUUGAGUUUGAAAUUUGAGGCCUAUGGCCGAGAGGUUGGAAACAUAAGAAGAGAAUCGUUACUAAUGAUUAUUGUGCAUGUUUAGAGUAAUAAGCUCAUUGACUAUUGAUGUUGUUGCAACUCUCAUUAAUUUGAUUUCUGGAAUUGGAUUAGAGAGUAGAAGUGUUGAUGAUGAUGAUGCCUCUGUUUCAUUUUUAUUUUUAAUUAUGUGCAUGAAUGGGAGAAUGGAGAGAAAUAUGUCAUGUGGUUAAACUUUUAAUUCAUGGAUUCCAUGCUGUGUUUGGGUCACUGGAAAUUGUUCAUAGAAUAAUAUAAAAUGAAUAUUGGAUUAUCUAAGAGUCAUGGUUGAUUUGGAAAUGAUUGUAUGACAUUGGAAACAAGACAAAGCUUGCUUGAUGGUUUCUCAAAAGUGCAGGAAAAAUCAGAUUAUGUCCCUCUAUUUUCAGGCUUGUUUCUCCUAGGCCUUGACCUCUUUUCCGAAUUUUCUUUAUAUCGAACUCUUCUUCAUUUAGUGUAGAUUAAUGUGGUUUUUACGAAUCAUAAAACGAACUUCUAGUUUGUUUAAAAAUCUAAUUUGAACAUGACAUUAUCGUUGCUGAAAAAUACAGAAAAUUCAGAAUAGAUUCCUUCUGUUAUCAGCCCUUUUUCUCCUAGGUUUUGAACUCUUUUCGGAUUUUCUUUUUGUGAAAUUGUUUUUUCAUUCAGUGUACUUUGUUGUGGUUUUUACGGAUUAUUAAAUGGACUUCAAAUUUGUCCAGAAAUCAAGGUUGAACUUGACUUGUCAGUUCUGAAAUUUUCUGUCAGAAAAAUCAGGUUUGGGCUACUGUUUUAGGAGGCUCGUUCUGCUUGACUUUUGGUCCUUUUUCGCUAAACUCUUUUGAUAAAACCCCUCUUUGUUUAUCGAGGUUCAAUGUUGUUUUGAUAGAUUGCUGAAACAAUGAAUGAGUUGGGCAAAAAUGAAUCUUGAAAACGGCCACUUAGUCACCUCAGUUCUGAAAAUUCAGAACUGAGGCUUUGAAAGGCUAAUUUGAAGUUUCUGGUUCCUUUGACUCUGAACCCUUUUCUAAUACAACUUCCACACUUUGUUUUCUGUCCAUGGCGUGUUUUAUAGGCUGCAAAAUUAGUCACUUGGGUACUUGAAAUUCCACUUGGAACUCGGGACAAAGAUAACUCAUUUGUAGAGGUGAGUGUUCCUCCUGGGACUUGCAUGUGAUUGUCUCCCCCAAUGUACUCAUGACUAAAUGAAUGUCUUUAUGCUUUUAUUGAAUAUACUUCUAAAUGUUGUUGCUAUUUAAUGAAUGAAAUGCAUGUUAUUAUAUGACCCAAAGUGUAUUUUACCACUUCGGGAUAAAUGCUGUGUGUUUAAUGACUGAAGGUAUAUGAAGUGAUUGUGUUAAUCUGCUAUGAGUAUAGUUUAGGUCUACACCUUGCUAUCUAUGAUAUGGUGUAUAGAUUGUGAUAGUUUCUCUUUUACAACGAGACUAAUGUUUCUAUAUUUUAUAGACAUUUUCACUAAAGUAGAUCAGAUCAUCACAAUGUGAUUAUUAUUCUCAUUUCAGAUAAUAUUAAUGCCUUAAAAUAGUUUCUGUUUCACGACGCCUUGAGCGAGUGAUCACUCGGCGGGCGGCCUAAGUGUUAUUAAGCUUGUCCAAAUGAGCUGUCGAAUUUUGGGGCCAUUACAGAUUUGUUUUGGGCUGAUGUUAUUAAAGCCUGCAGAUUCAUAUUGGGCUCGAAGGCUCAUUACAUUUCGGCUCAUUACUCCCGCGGAAUGUCAUGGAAUAGGGGUUCAAUGAAGCCCUAAAAUCCUUAUUAUUAGAUUCGAGAAAAGUCAGUAAGCUCCAAUUCAAUCUGAGCAAAAUUUAUCUGGAGAAUUCGGAUUGAAUCUAUACGAAAGUUCAUAGGGUCUCCAAAAUCUGUGUUCUAGGGUUUAUAGUUCGUGGGGUUUAGCAGUAGUACGACAUCGUAUUGAAGGUCGUUUUGCGAAGCAGCAAUGGAGGAGGAGAAUCCGAGCUCGAAGAGACAAAAGGUUGGAGGCGACGGCGUUGCACCACCACCACUGGCUUCAGUUGUAGAAAAUGCAUUACUUCCCCUGGCCUCGUACGAUGAUGAUGACGAGAAGGUGGUUGAGGAUGUGAAUGUGGUGGUUCCUCAAAAUAUGAACCACGAGGUUGACGAUGAUGAUGAUGAUGAGGAAGAGCAUUUUGGAAACGGCAAUGUCGGGAACCGUAAUCGGUCUAUUGAUUUGAGGCGAGAUUGCCCUUAUCUGGAUACCGUUAAUCGACAGGUUUUGGAUUUUGACUUUGAGAAAUUUUGCUCUGUUUCCCUCUCCAAUUUGAAUGUAUAUGCAUGUUUGGUUUGUGGGAAGUACUUUCAAGGGAGGGGGCAGAAAUCCCAUGCAUAUACUCACAGUCUGGAAGCCGGACACCAUGUAUACAUUAAUCUUCGGACGGAGAAAGUUUAUUGCCUCCCUGAUGGCUACGAAAUUAUUGACCCAUCACUGGAUGAUAUACGACAUGUUCUUAACCCAAGGUUUUCUAGGGAACAAGUUGAGCAGCUUGACAAGAAUAAGCAGUGGUCUAGGGCACUUGACGGAUCAGAUUAUCUUCCCGGAAUGGUGGGACUGAAUAACAUCAAGGAGACUGAUUUUGUUAAUGUGACUAUUCAAUCCUUAAUGCGAGUUACUCCUCUGAGGAAUUUUUUCCUUAUCCCGGAAAACUAUCAGCACAGCAAAUCUCCGCUUGUUCAUCGGUUUGGAGAGCUUACACGAAAGAUUUGGCAUGCAAGAAACUUCAAGGGACAGGUUAGUCCUCAUGAGUUCUUGCAGGCAGUUAUGAAAGCCAGUAAAAAGCGGUUUCGAAUUGGUCAACAGUCUGACCCAGUUGAGUUUAUGUCAUGGCUACUUAAUACUUUACAUACAGAUCUCAGGACUUCAAAGAAAAGUAGCAGCAUCAUACACCAGUGCUUUCAGGGAGAACUGGAGGUAGUGAGGGAAAUUAAUAGUCGGCCCAUGAUUGAAAGAAAAGAAAAUGGAGAUGCUGGAGAAAACGGAAGUGAGGUGCCUCAUCUUCAUUCAGAGCAGAUGCCAUUCUUAAUGCUUGGUUUGGACUUGCCACCACCCCCACUGUUCAAAGACAUUAUGGAGAAAAAUAUUAUUCCACAGGUCCCCCUUUUCAACAUCCUGAAGAAAUUUGAUGGUGAGACAGUGACGGAAAUUGUGCGACCUAAGAUGGCCAGGAUGAGGUAUCGUGUGACUAAGCUGCCAAAAUACCUAAUUCUCCAUGUGCGGCGGUUUACAAAGAAUAACUUCUUCGUGGAGAAAAAUCCUACACUGGUCAAUUUUCCUGUGAAGAAUCUAGAGCUCAAGGACUACAUUCCACUUCCAGCGCCAAAAGAGAAUGAAAAACUACGGUCCAAGUAUGAUUUGAUUGCGAAUAUCGUUCAUGAUGGCAAACCGGGGGAAGCAAGACACAACUUUGAUCAUUGUUGUUGGUCUCCUAGGUAUGAGAUGCAAGAUCUCCAUGUCUCGGAAACACUUCCUCAGAUGGUUGCACUUUCGGAAACAUACAUGCAGAUUUAUGAACAGCAGCAGCAAUUACAUUAA